AAUUGUUGGGGCUUUCUUCUUUGAACUGUUAUUACACACAGUACAGGGUCACUGGGUUGCUGAACCUGAACCUCAACCAUGUCCAUGGCGUCUUCAGUUUCAUUUUCUGAGGAAAGUAGUUGGGGCAAAAGGGUAUCUGAAAAGGUUCUUUCUUUCUACGCUUCUCUUCCCAAAAAGGGCAAACCUCAAGGCCGUGAAGUCACCGUUUUGGCCGCUUUCCUUCUCUCUUCUCCUUCCAAUGAUUUGAAGGUUGUUGCAAUGGGAACGGGGACAAAGUGCAUUGGACGUUCUCUCUUGCGCACUUGUGGUGAUGUUGUUCAUGAUUCCCAUGCUGAAGUCAUUGCUCGAAGAGCCUUGAUGAGGUUCUUCUAUACACAGAUUCAACAUCUUACUGAAAGUAGUAGUAAGCAUGCACCUGGAAAUGGAGGGAAACGGUUCAAACUUGAUGAAGAUCACUUGCCAUUUGAGUGGGAUCCAGGUUGUCUUAAUAAAGGGAAGUAUACCUUGAAAAAAGAUUGGAAAUUACAUAUGUACAUAUCCCAGUUACCAUGUGGAGAUGCUUCACUGAGCUUUCAUGUCUCUCCUUUGGAAACUGUGGUUUUAGGAGAAAGUGAUUCAACUUCACCUUUGGAUAAUGGAUCAAAACAAAAGGGGAUGGUCCAGAGGAAGCCAGGUCGUGGUGAUACAACCCUGUCAGUUAGUUGCUCUGACAAGAUAGCUCGUUGGAAUGUUGUUGGUGUUCAAGGAGCUUUGCUUUCCUACUUUCUUCAACCUGUAUAUCUUUCUUCAAUUACUGUUGGUCUGCCCCUAAACAUCCCUGAGAAUUUUCGUUUGGAGGAUAACUUGAAAAGAGCUUUGUAUGAACGUAUUCCACCCUUAUUGAAUGAACUGACAUCUCCGUUUCUAGUGAACCAGCCGAUAUUUCACGCUGCACCAGUACCCCCAAAGGACUUUCAGCAAUCUGAGAGUGCUGCUAACACUUUAACAUGCGGAUAUUCUAUAGGUUGGAAUGAAUGUGGCUUGCAUGACAUCAUCAUGGGAACUACUGGAAGAAAGCAAGGCACCUCUGCAAAAGGGGCACUCUACCCAUCGACACAGUCAUCUUUAUGCAAAAAGAGGCUGUUGGAGGUUUUCUUGUCACUGAGACCGGAAAAUUUAAUCAGUUCUCUGCCCAAUGGGAUUACUUAUCGAGAACUUAAGGAUGGAGCUGAAGAAUAUCAUUUGGCUUCCAAAAUUUUUAAAGGGAAGCCACCUUUUAACAAGUGGUUCUUGAAACCCUUGGAUUGUGAGGCCUUCCACAUUUCAGAAUAAUACUUUUAAGUUUUAAUUAUCUGUCUAAAGCCCAUCUUUGGUUAUGUCAAUUGAAUUGGAUGUAAGAAUCCAACUUCUGUCACCUAAUCUGUAAGAGCUGGUUGCACCUCCAAAGAGAAGAAGGGACGCCACCCCCAUUUUUUUCUUCUUGUCUGUUUACAUUAAUAUAAAGAUAUUUUUGUGACCCCCUAGAAUAUAUAUAAAAAAACUAAUCUAUUUCUUUUUCACA